AUGGCCAAGCUCGGCGAUCUUCAUGAAGGCUCACUGCUGUACAACAUCAAGCUGCGCUACAAGAAGGACCUUAUUUACACCUACAUUGGCUCCAUCCUCUCGGCCGUCAAUCCGUACAAGAGCCUUCCGGGCCUUUAUGACGAUGCCAAGAUCAACGAAUACGAUGGCAAGGACAUUGGCGAAUUGCCCCCACACAUUUAUGCCAUCGCCAACCAAGCCUACCGCUCCAUGUGGAAAAACUCGGCCAAUCAGGCUGUUUUGAUUUCUGGUGAAUCGGGUGCUGGCAAGACAGAGUCCACCAAGUUCAUCCUGCGGUACCUCUCCUACCAGAGUAAUGACGUCAAUAAGAAAAAGGGCAAGGAAGGUCGCAACUACGAGGAGCAGAUUCUGCAGUCCAGCCCCAUCCUCGAAGCUUUUGGCAACGCCAAGACCGUGUACAACAACAACUCGUCUCGCUUUGGCAAGUUUAUCCAGCUCAACUUUGCGGCAACCGGUGCCAUCGAGGGCUGCAAGAUUGUGGAUUAUCUUCUCGAGAAGAAUCGCGUGGUGCGCCAGAACGGCGGCGAACGUAACUUCCACAUCUUCUACGCCCUGCUCGCGGGUGGUCUCGGCAGCAAGUUUGGUCUGUCUGCUGACCCCAGCCAGUACCGCAUCACCUCCAUGAGUGGUACCUGGGAUGUCGAUGGCAUUGAUGACAAGGCGGAUUGGCAGGCCGUGGAGCAAGCGUUCCGGACCAUGAACUUCUCUGACGAACAGAUGUCGGACAUUAUCACCGUCGUCGCAGCCAUUUUGCACCUCUGCAACAUGAAGUUCACCACGGCCGGUGGUGCCCAGGUGGCCACCCAGGCUGUCCUUGAGCAGGUCUGCCAACUGCUCGGCAUCGAGGAGGCUGGCUUGGCCGAAGUUUUGACUCAGCAAAAGCGUGUCCUCCGUGGCGAAGAGAUUUACACCCCACUUGACGUGGACCAAGCCGCUGACUCGCGAGACUCGCUGGCCAUGAACCUCUAUGCCCGCACCUUCCGCUGGAUUAUCAGCAAGAUCAACGUGUCCUUGCGUGGUGACGAAUCCUUCCAGUUUGUGGGUGUCCUCGACAUUUUCGGUUUUGAGAACUUUGAGUUUAACAGCUUUGAGCAGUUCAACAUCAACUACGCCAACGAGAAGCUGCAGCAAUACUUCAACCGACACAUCUUCUCGCUCGAGCAGCUCGAGUACAACCAGGAAGGUAUUGACUGGAGUGACAUUGACUGGGUUGACAACUCUGAGUGCCUGGAUUUGAUCGAGCGCAAGCUCGGCGUGCUGUCGCUGCUUGACGAAGAAUCGCGUUUCCCACGUGGUACGGACGAGUCGCUGCUGAUCAAGCUGCACUCGUCCCACGAGGAGGCGGCUCACUACGUGCGCCCUCGCGUGGCCAACACCAAGUUUGGCAUUCGCCAUUUUGCUGGCGAGGUCAUGUAUGACGUGACAGGGCUGCUUGAAAAGAACCGCGACACCUUCCGCGAGGUGCGUUUUACGGCCCCGUAG